AUGGAAGAGGCUGCAGCUCCCUCGGAGCCCCACGAAGCCGCCGGGGACGCAACAGAUGCCCCGGAGGCCGAGGAGGCGGCGGCUGGGCCCAGCUACCGCACGCACCCCGUCUUCCGGCGUGUGGAGCCUGGAGGCCCGCCCCCCGUCGGCACGUCACGCCUGCGAUUGGCCUACGCCUCCGUGGGCGGGGCCAGGCCCCGGGAAGGCCCCGGACCAAGUUGGCUGCGGAACCAGCGGCGCCCAGGCCCCUGGGCCAACCAAGUCGUCUGCAGGUAUUUCCGCCAUGGGAUGUGCAAGGAGGGGGAGAGCUGCCGCUACUCCCACGACCCCCGGGGCCCCGAGGAGGCCGGGGAGGGCCGCGGGGCGUCGCCGUCCCCGCCUCAGGCUCCGGAGGAGGAGCUAGGCCUCGGCGCGUUUGCGGCUGCGCAGUACGGUCCGGAGGGCCAGCCGCCGGAAGUGGCGUGGGCCUCCUCCCCGCCGGCCUCCGGGGGCGCCCCGCCUGGGAUUUGCUGGGUCACUGACAGGGGCCCCUUGGAAACCGAGACUGACGAUUCAGCGCUCGGAGCUGUGGGGGGAGCAGGUGCGCCAGGCUGGGCGGCCGGUGCGCAAGGAGGAUGGGAGGCCGGUGCGCAAGGCUGGGAGGCCGGCGACGAAGGCUCUGACGCCGGUGCCCACGGCUGGGCAGCUGGUGCCCAAGGAUGGGAAUCCGGUGCCCACGGCUGGGAGGCCGGUGCGGAAGGCUCUGAAGCCGGUGCCCACGGCUGGGAAUCCGGUGCCCACGGCUGGGAGGCCGGUGCGGAAGGCUCUGAAGCCGGUGCGCAAGGCUGGGCGGCCAGUGCCCAAGGAGGAUGGGCAGCCGGUGCUCACGGCUCUGAAGCAGGUGCCCAAGGAUGGGAAUCCGGUGCCCAAGGCUCUGAGGCCGGUGCGCAAGGCUGGGUGGCCGGUGCCCAAGGAGGGUGGGCAGCCGGUGCUCACGGCUCUGAAGCAGGUGCCCAAGGAUGGGCAGCUGGCGCGCAAAGAUGGGAGGCCGGUGCCCAAGGUUGGGAAGCUGGUGCUGAAGGCCCUGAAGCCGGUGCCCACGGCUGGGCAAACGCCGCCGAAUUCGUCCCCGGGCAGCCGUACUGGGGCCGCGAGGUGUUCCCCGCCCCUGAGGCUCCCCGGCCCCGGUGGCAGAACUUGGCGAUGGAAAGGGGGCCCGAUGCCGCGGCGGGCCGGGGGCCGCGCCGGCUCUGCAGCGACGCCGCCAUGGGGCAGUGCUACCGCGGGCCGAGCUGCGCCUACCUCCACGGCGACCUGUGCGAGCUGUGCGGGCGGCUGGCGCUGCACCCCGAGGACCCCGCGCACAGGGCGGACCACCUGCGGGCCUGCAUGGAGCGCCACCAGCAGGACAUGGAGAUGUCCUUCGACGUGCAGCGCAGCUCCGACAAGGUGUGCGGCAUCUGCAUGGAGGUGGUCUACGAGAAGGCCUACGAGAGCGACCGCCGCUUCGGCAUCCUCUCCAACUGCAACCACACCUACUGCCUGCGCUGCAUCCGCCGCUGGCGCAACGCCCGCGAGUUCCGGAGCCGCGUGAUCAAGUCCUGCCCGCAGUGCCGGGUCUCCUCGCGCCUUGUCAUCCCCAGCAAGUACUGGGUGGAGGAGCCGGCGGCCAAGCAGGAGCUGAUCCGGCAGUACAAGGAGGCCAUGCGCACCAAGAGCUGCAGGUAUUUUGCCGUCGUCAGGGAUUACUGCCCGUUCGGCGACAACUGUUUUUACAAGCAUGCGGAGCCCGAGGGCCAGGCAGAGCAAGUGGUGGUGGAGGAGCAGGUGGCACAGGCGCAAGCGCAAGAGCAGGCCCAGGCCCAGGCCCAGGCCCAGGCCCAGGCCCAGGAGCAAGAGCAGGAGCAGGUGCAGGCCCAGGCCGAGGAGCAGGAGCAGGAGCAGGUGCAGGCCCAGGAGGAGGAGCAGGAGGAGGAGCCUGAUCCUGAGCCUGAGAGGCAGGGUUCUGGGGCCUCGAGCAACCAAGAGUUGGAGCCUAAGCAGGACUGACUCAGUUCUAGGCUAGUCUUUGCAGGACUUGCACUCAUUGUGGAGGCCCUGGAGACUAAAUGGGACAGGGUGAAGGGAGAAGUCCUAACUGAACUGAGGACCUUUGUGCUGCUACAGCCUUAAGAGAGCCGGACCCAUCCGGGGGGCCCUGGGCAGCUGCUCCCUCGUCUUCGCUGUUUACAUGUUGUGUUUUUUCCCCCUCUCUCCCCCCCUGAUUCAAGUGCCCUUUCUUACCUGUGGUGACCUCGUGGUUUUCUUGUGAACCAGGUAUCUAUGUUUACAUGUUCUCAUCCUGCUUAACUUGAUGUGAAAAAAGUAUUUCUACUUGGAAGUUGUGUGCUGUGUAGAAGUGAGUAUCCAAGUGAUGUGUUGGAGCCCUAGCUGGUCUGGCUCCGUGGAUAGAGCAAUUGGCCCACAGCCCGAACCCCAAAGGGUCCCGGGUGUGAACUCCAGUCAAGGGCAUGCACCUCGGUUGCAGGCCUGAUCCCGGCCUUUGUCUGGGCGAGUGCAGGAGGCAACUAGUCG